UGUGGUCACCUGUCCAUACAGUAUGUAUGUUAUGCAAAAAUGUACUUCUCUGUGAACUAUGUCGUGUAGCAUAAAGAAUAUCUCGGUAGUAUUUGAGCCUUUAAAUGAAAGCAACACGUUUACAAACGGAGACCACAUUUCCGGACGAGUAACUUUGGAGGUUGCAAAGGAAACACAAAUCGAGAGUCUACUUAUUAAAGCCAAAGGGAAAGCGUCUGUAAUGUGGUCGGAAACUUACGGAAAAGCCACCGUGGUUUAUCACGAUAAAGAAACGUGCUUUGACUUAAUUCUGUUCUUUAUUCAGAAACAAAAGACAGAAGGUCAAGACGGAUACUCACUGUUAACAAAUGAGUGUGGGCAGUGCUACUCAAGCAUUGUUGGACCUGGAACCCAUGUUUACCCAUUCACCUUUCAGAUUCCCCAGAGAGACAUGCCUGCAUCCUUCAAAGGCUACCAUGGAAAGGUGGUUUACUUUUUAGAAGCCAAAUUGUGCAGGUCAAUGUCAAUACCAAAAAAAGCGAAAGUACAUUUCAACUAUGUUCCUCAGGGUGAUACAUUUGUAUCAGACUUAAUGAUGUCUCAGCAUGGGUCAAAAGAGAAAAAGAUGAAAUUCCUCACAUCCGGGAGUGUGGCCAUGGAUGUUCAUAUAGAGAAGAAGGGUUACCAUUUAGGUGAGCAAAUGACUGUGAAGAUAGAGGUUGUAAACAAUUCCUCUCGUACAGUCAAGCCUAAGUUAACCUUGUACCAGAAGCAGAGCUUCUUCGCCUCCAACAAGAGAAGUGUGAAAACAAAAGAGCUCUUGAAAGAAAAAGGCGACCCCAUUGGACCAUCGACCAAGCAGAGUGUGACCAAAGUGUUGACCAUUCCAGCAGAUGCCAGUAUUUCCAUCCUCAACUGCCAGGUUCUCAAAGUGGAGUACAGACUGAAGGUUUUUCUGGAUAUAAAAUUAGCUUUGGAUCCAGAAAUUAAACUGCCUGUGGUGUUUCUUCCUGUCUGUUUGACAUAGGAAGACAAAGAUCUAGUGAAUACAGAUAUGGACAUUGGCUUUGAAUCAUGGACCAGCAAGCUGACUUGAUUAACUUAGCUUCUGCUGAGUAACAAAAAAGCACAGUUUAUAAAUACUCACUAUUUAAAUUGCACUAUGCACAACUCAAAGAGGUGCUUGUGGUCUGGGGUUACAUAAAUUUUCCCUUUGCCCAACAGCCAUGGGCCAGUAAGAAGUGAAGUUCCUGAUGUUUUUCUUUUAAUACUUGCUUAAAAUUUAACUGGAUUCUUAUCAGUGAGAUGACCGCUAUGCAUUUUUGUUUCUUUGUUUUGUUUGUUUUUGUUAUUUUUAUUUAAAAUCAGCGAUCACUGUCUUAAUGAUCACUGUCUUAAUAUCUUGUGAAAUGGUAGGUAACUCAGGUUGUGAUCGUGGAAUAUCAUGGAUAUAUGUGAGUACGAGUACUUAGUUAACACCUGCUCUCUCACUAUUUUAUAUCCUAACACAUUGCUUCUCAUUCCUGACACUUACAUUGCAUGCUUUUAUUCACCAAUUGUAAAGUAACACUAACAUUUGUUUAUUUAGGGCUUCAUCUUUACACAUUUACACUUUUAAACUUACCUCAGUGCUUGUAAUCUUCAAAAUGUCUUACAAAAACAUGAUCAUAUUAUUUCUUAUAUAUUUUAGGGCAAAUGUAAAAAAUAAAUGGGUUCUUUAAGGUUCUUUUUUGAGAUUAUACAUAAGCAUGACCAUACUCAGAGCUCAGUCAGAUCAAAUUUUAAAUCCGAAUUAGCUAUGAAGCUAAUUACUAAGGGAUUAUUUGUUGCAUGUAAACAUACCUAAUGACUAAGUUACAUAAACAAGACAGACAAUAUCUCACUAAUGUGAGCCAGUGUUAUUAUUACUUGAUAUUAAUGAGCAUAGGAAAUAGAAUAUAGAAAAGCUUGUUGAUCUCAAGUGGCAACUUGUUUUGCUAUCGUGAGAUGGUUAUAAUUAGCUAUGGUUGCUAAUGCAAAGUUAGACUAGCGUCGAUUCCACUAUUUAGUAAUUACAUAGUAAAUACAAUAUGCUGGAGUAUUAGGUGUCUCAUCUGCCUUCCUUGAAGACACAAAACCCAUCUAAUUUAAAAUGUAUAUUACGGUAAGUUUAGCUCAUGUGCUAAAUUUACAAUGCCAUGUUGCACCAGGUGGGUUGUUAAUGCUAGGUAGCAUUGAUAAAUUGUUAAAAGAAUAGGCUAUGCAGCAAAUCCUAUUCUAGGUAAUUGCAAAUGGUAAUUACAGCCCUUAUUUGUAAAUUAGCAAAUUUAAAUAGGGUCUUGGUGAUGACCAACAAAACCUCCACAUAGUGAAUGAUAUCCUCAUUUAAAAUAAUAUAGGUUUUAAAUAGAAAAAGAAAAAAAAUUGAACUGUUUAUAUUAUAAAUAUAAGCUGCUUUACACAUGAAAACCAAAUAAUUACAGUUAAAAACUUUUCACUUUAACUUUUUUCUGUAUAGUUCCUUUUUAAAUUCUUUCUC